GUUUGCUUGACAUUCACCUUGCAUCACCCCAGCCAACGCCGACCUCGUCGUCUGUUAGUAUAGCAUCGAGUACCGCGACAUACGAGUGACUAUGAGGGCAGGUCUUGCUUUCGGCGUACUAGGCGCGUUUGUGGCGUCGACGGUCUCCGCGACGCGCCUCGGUAGUGGUCAACAGGCCUUCUCCAGUUACAAGUAUGGCGGCAAACCCGGUACACGCCAGCAGAAGCAACCGGCGUACAGUGUCAAUUAUGACUUGUCGAGCUACGAUGCUGGGCUGUUCACUCCUCUUGGAAGUCUGAGCGCUCUGGGAGAGGAGUUCACUACCCUCGGGCACCCCGCGUUCCCGCAUUACAGCGUCAGGGUUAAGAAGAGUGAUUUCUGUGAUGGAACCGUGCCGGCUUAUACUGGUUAUAUUGACAUUGAGGCGAGGCAUCUGUUCUUCUACUUCUUCGAGAGUAGGAGCGACCCCGACAAGGACGAUGUCAUAUUCUGGACAAAUGGAGGGCCAGGAUGCUCGUCUUCACUCGGGCUAUUCAUGGAACUGGGCCCCUGCAGAGUGCCCAGUCCCAACGGCACCGUCUUCCACCCCGAAUCCUGGAAUUCCAAAGCAAACAUAUUCUUCAUCGACCAGCCAGUCGGUGUAGGCUUCUCGUAUGCCGAGUACGGGGAGGCAGUUAGCACCAGCGAAGAAGCAGCUAAGGAUAUUGCCGCUUUUGUCUCGAUCUUCUUCGAGAACUUCAGCAGCUUCAAGGGCAGGCCGUUCCACAUGGCUGGGGAGUCUUACGGGGGCCGUUACAUCCCCGUAUUUGCAUCGGCGGUAUACGACCAGAAUGUUAAACUUCUCGAGGCUGGUCUGACGCCUAUCAACCUGACCUCUGUCAUGAUCGGGAACGGGAUAACUGAUGCGUUCACGUUGACACCAUCGUACUAUGACAUGCAAUGCACCCCGGCAUCUGUGCCACCCAUCCUCGAUAUUAGUACCUGUGUGAGAAUGAAACAGGCCAUCCCGAGAUGCCAGAAGCUGAUGAAGAACAAUUGCGUGGACGUCUUCGAUGCCAUCGGGUGCGAGGAAGCCAUGGCUAUCUGCUCGAUGGAGCUGGAGGAUCCAUUCUUUAGUAGCGGUAUGAACCCCUAUGACAUCAGUAAAGUAUGCGAUGGUCCCAUCUCGGAGACCCUCUGCUACCCUAUCACCAAGGUCAUUGGCCAAUACCUCGACCGCCCCGAUGUACGCGCUGAGAUCGGCGUUGACCCCGCCAUCACCCGGAACUUCAGCUCUUGCAGCGACGCCGUCGGUGCCGCGUUCAACGCGGCCGACGACGGACUCUUCCCGACGUACCUCUACGUCGCGGGCCUGCUCGAGCGCGGCGUGAAGGCGCUCAUCUAUGUCGGCACGUACGACUGGAUAUGCAACUGGGUCGGCAAUGAGCGGUGGACGCUCGCGCUUGAGUGGAGCGGGAAGGAGGCGUUUGGCCGGGAGGCCCUGAGGGAGUGGGAGGUGGAGGGAAAGGUUGCUGGGAAGACGAGGAGCGCGGGUGGGUUGACGUUUGCGACUAUUGAUGCGGCUGGACAUAUGGUUCCGUAUGACAAGCCGAAGGAGGCCUUAGAAAUGGUAAACAGGUGGCUGGCUGGCGAGGAACUGUAGUACCGCUGCCGACCCGAUCAGUGCAGAUUGCGACCUGAGGUGAUCUUGUAAGGGCUAGUGUGUGGUAGCCCAUGAGUUUCAGAAACAUAAUAUGACUUUGCCUAGAUAUCGGCAUGAACAUAUCGCGGUUGCACUCAGGGUUCAGGACUUCAGUGUACC